AUGAGUAUUUUUUAUGCUAACAAGACACCCCGGGGUAAGGCCUACUGCAAACGAAGCAUGUUGAUUAAAUGUGCGCAAUGUGGAUUAUGCUACAUAGAUAGCAAUACUAUCGGGCAGAAACUACAUGCUAGGUAUCACAGAAACGCAAUCAACGGAAUACGCGUGGGAAGCCAAAGAGAAUUAGAAUCGUUUGGUAAGGUCAUUGAAAAGUUCACAAUAAAAGAAGGUACAAAAGUACUCGAUGAGGUAUUGCAAGCGGCAAAUCUGGUACUCAACUCUCAAGAUAAUAUGAAACGUUGGCAUGGAAAGACAAAAUUUAAGGGGAAAGUAUUUGUUUGUAUUUAUAGGGCACGGAUUAUUGGUAUAUGCAUUACAGAAACACCGCAAAUUGGAUACUGGAUGAUCCAAGGCUCACAUAUUCUAGUCCCAAAUAAAAAUCCGAAACUCGCUAUUGGUAUUGACCGAAUUUUUGUGGUAAAAACAUUUAGAAGACACGGCAUUGCCACGAGAUUACUUAAUGCUGUGGCUAACCAUAGCUUUUACAAGCUCAAGCUCAGACCAUACCAGAUUGGAUGGAGUCAACCAAGCCAUUUCGGGGAGUUUGUUGCUAGGAAAUACAGUGGUGUUGUUCAUCCUCGUUCAGGGAAGUAUCUUUAUGAUGCACUCACUUCGCAUGAUAUUCUCAGGUCAUUUGAUCUGAUAAGAACUUUCAAGGCUGAAGUUAAGUCGGGAUUUGUUGACGUUGAUUUGGCACAACAGUAUUUUGACUCACUAAUUAUUGCAUAUAAGGAGCCGAAACUUUCUAUCAGUUCUUUUUCGACCAUCUGCCAUUUGAUAAAAUUGGUGAGGAUAAAGAAGCCCGUACUACUCUCAAGCCUCCAUUCAAUAUUGAUACCAUUUCUUUUACAACGCUUAAAAGAAUCAAGAACGUCUUUAAGAAGUGCAUCUAUGAAAGCUCUGGUGACCAUAUGGGAGGCGGCACCUAGAGAGUUUGAAAACGAUUUGAAGACCAUCGGUUUGAAAAGCAGGGAUCCUUUGAUUCGCAGAAGGUUGUUAGAGAUGAUUGAAGAGAUUUCGAAAAACUCUCCAGGAUUUACUCUUGAGUCCUUUCUUUUCUCGAUUGUGGGCUGCUUGGUUGAUGCUAAUACUUAUGUUGUUGAAGCAGCCUUUAACUUGUUGGUCUCAUAUCUUAACUCCCUAUCCCCAUCGAAAGCUAAAUCGAUGAGUACAGAUCUUGUUGGGUUAUUGAAGAUAAAUCAUGUUGGUCAUAGUCUUUCUAUUCGCUUGUUAUCGCAGUUAAAUGAAGGUAGAUCAGUUAUCUCUCUGUACAAAAAGCAGAUGUUUUCGUCAUCUUUAAGUGGUUCUACUUUUAGAAAGCAACCCCUCGGAUCCGUUUGUCACUCUACUUUGUCCAGUUCUGAAUCAUCUUCGAUUACUUCUAGAUCAAACUACAAAAAUUCUAUGUUUCCACCUAGUAAGUAUUCUUUUGACGGGUUUCAAAACAGGGAUAAGAUUUUGCAGCUUCUUGUAUCAUUUCCGGAGUUUUUAUCCAUAGAUAAGGUUCAAUCGCUUGAUAUAACUGAUGACGUGCAACUUCUAGAUAUUGCAGAAAAGAUUAAGCCAUUCUUUGAGGGUAAGGAGACGGAGAAAAAUUGGACUCUAAGGAUUAAAAGCAUACACAGGUUGCAAUCAUUACUUAGAGGUAAUGCAAUUGUGGAAUAUAGGCAGUUAUUGGCUAAGGUAGUGCAUGAUCUCUCAGGUUGUAUUGCAAAGGCAUCGCAAUCAUUACGGACUAUUCUUUCCAGCUCCGGUUGCCAACUUUGUAAAGAGCUGGCUUUUGCACUUGGUCCAAAAUUAGACAGCUCUACAAUAGAUGCAUUUGUUACUCCACUAUUAAAAUUGUCAUGCUCAAGGAAGACAAUUACACACCGCAAAGCUAAUUUGGCGAUGAUUUCCCUCGUUUUAUUUACAAAUUCGAGUAACAGAAUGAUGACACAAAUAUAUUCUUCUUUCUUAGAAAAAAAUGUUCAAGCAAGAGCAUAUGCAUUGAUAUGGGCUGAGUUUUUUCUUUUAAGGCACGCUCCGAAUUCAAGUGUUAUGGAUUCAUCCUUGAAUUAUCUUAGUAGCAUUAUAGGAAAGGCGGUUUCUGAUCCAUCUCCGAUGGUAAGACAAAUUGCACGUCCCGCAUUUUGGACUCUAAACGAAUUUUUCCCUAAGGAUGGAAGAAUGAUACUGUCAGCUCUUUCCCAUUCAACUUUAAAAGCUUUGGAUAAAAGUCGAUACGCUGCUGUAAACAUGAUUCCUAGUGCUUUAUCAGGUUGUGAUACAUCACAUAGCCGUAAAUCUUCUGAUAGCAGAAGUUCAAGCAAGCCAGCAAGCUUUUCUGACCCUGAAUCAUCCUCAUCACCAUUAAACCCAGAAGUUGAUGCUUCUGAGAGAAAGCCCUUGGUUACAACUAUCUUGGCGGUGAGUGCAUUAACUAAAAAUGAUGAGCCAAACGAAGUGCGUAGUGAUAAUUCAUUAAUAAAGAACGAAACAUGCACAAAAAGACUGACAAAACAAAGCGAAAAUCUCAAAGAAACUCUUGAAACUAUUGAGGUCAUGAAACCGCAAACUAUAGGUAAAGCUCCACAGCUAGGUGAAUAUUCCGAAAGGGUCAAGAGAGAAAAUGAAAUCUAUAAUGGGUUACUAUCGCAGGAUUCAGCCGAUCAGAAGGCUGCUUUUGAUGAAUUAAUUAAGAUGCAAAAUAGUCAUUUACCAGCAAAAUUUGGAUCGGCAUUCAACGAGCUUAGUGUUAGAAAUCCAGAGAUAAUGUACGCUGUAUUUAGUGAUGAAAAAGGCUUUCAAUACUUGGUGAAUUAUCUUUCCACUAAUAACAUUGUUCGUAUUUUUUGCUUCUAUGUGAUGAGUGAGAAAUUUACGGUCAAUGCAAGCAUUUUAUCAAUGAUUAUUCGUGAUGUCCCUAUCGAUGACUUAUGCUUGGGACUAACUGAAAUGAUUAGCGCUUGCAAUGAUUCAUCUAAAAUUCAGGAUUUGGCUCUAUCAUUUCAACUGGUAAAGCAUAGAGAUGAAUUGCUUCGAGCCAGUUUUGAGCUAGCUGACUUUCUACUCUGCUCAAAUAAUGUUCAUUUAGAGAGUUAUCUGUUAAGUUCACUUUUUGACUCCCUCUUUCAGAGUUGGGAAUUUUCAGAUCAUUCUGAAGAUGGAAAGUAUAUAACCUUGCUGAAAGAUGGUGCUGAAAAGAAUAUCACUCUUUUUAGAAAAAGAAUUUCUUGCCUAAAGGAUGUACAAUUACAGUCAGAAAUUAUACAUAAGCUAGCCCUUAAGGAUGAAAGUGAUCUUGAAAGUUCCGAUGUAAAUCUCGAUUAUUUACCAACCAACGAAGAGUUAGAGGAUGCAGAAGAGCCAAAUCUUGAUGGUUUGACUAUGGUUGUCCGUAAAGACGUUUCCGAUAAAUCGGUUCCGGUGGACAGUGACAUGACAAUGAUUAUGCCAACUUUCAAAAAUCAGAAUCCUGCAGAAUUGUCAAUGAUUAAAGAGGAAAACACCAAGCAACAUACAGCUAUAAAUAAUGAAAACAAUCCUAUAAAUCCAUUUGUUGAUGAAAGCGAGACUAAUUCUGAUGAUAGUAAGCAGGUGGAGUCGUCCGAGAUGAAAAUUGACGACGUUUUUAAUUCACCUGGCGCUGAAAGUACUUCAGAAGAUAUAAACAGUUCUAUAAGUGAAUUAAAUGGAGAGAGUAUGGAUUUGGAGGAAGCAGAACCGUCUGUUCGGACCCCUACGACUGGUAUGAAAAGGCUUUCCAUAAAUGAUAGCAAAGAGGAAGAUCGUAACUUCCCAAGCAAAGAUACACCACUUCCGGAUACUGAUACUUCAAUAUCUCAUAAAUCGGACAAACAUUCUGCACCAUCUGCACCAUCUGCAUCACCUGCAUCACCUGUUUUAAAAGACCAAGUGUCAGUCCCAGCUUCUAUGGAUCCAUUGGCACCAUUAACGAAACCAACAGACAAUAUUCAAAUAUAUGAGGAUAAAGCUGAUUUUUUGGACUCUUUAAAGGAGGCACUAGACUCAAAAGCAUGGCAAGAUCUUGAAACUUAUGAGUUGCAUCGUGUAAGGCAAGGAGAAGUGAAAAAUGAAAGUGAUUUACUUACAAAACUUAAAGCGAAAACCAUUACAUAUGAAGAGCUCAUAGCAGUCAUGUAUCAGCUAGACCAAAGUCAAUCAAAUCCGGAUACUCUAAUAAAUUAUCUUCUAGAUUUUUUAAGUCCAGAAACACCCAUGAAGCAAAUGCUUGUGGCGAUUUAUCUAAUAGGGAAGUGUUUGCCUAAGAUCAAUAAAGAAAAGGACGAACCAAUUACUCUGAGACUACUUGAAUUGUGCGUUCCACUUGACAGUGACGUUUUUGAUGAAUUGUAUUUUGCCUUGGAGGAGACAAUGAAGAACAUAGAUGAUUUGAAGUGUUUAGUCAUGCUUCUUCAAAAGAAAGGGUUUAGGAGACUAACCGUGGCACAAAAGCAAAUCUCUUUGCAUGCGAUAUCAACGUGGUUGAGACCAAGCAAUAUUACAUAUGAGGAUGUCUUUAUGCUUGAUUCUUGGCUAUUCAAACUUCUAGAUGAUGAACAUGUCAUACUUCGAAAGCUGGCCGUCACUAUAUAUGCCAAACUUUACAAGUUCAUGGUGGAUCAUGUCAAGAGUAAAGAGGGUGAUGAACUGAUUGAUAAAAGUAUCUUUCAGAAAAUGGAUGGACCACAGAUUGAAUUAAUUAAGUACUACGCGGCUAAAGUAUAA